GCACACCAGCUGUGAUAACCGGCCGCCAAUCAUAACACCUAGCAUUUCGUUAUGCAAGGUGCCCGCGUGUCCAAGCACUUGUCCUACAAAUUUUGCUGUGAGUGGAGGGGCUGUCUACACCGUUGGAGAAAUGAUGCAUGUUACAAUGUCACUUGAUUCCGGAAACCAGGUCACUGGUAUCGACGAAAUGUAUUUAUCAUGCAGCCCUGUGCCAUCCACGGCCAAUAUUGUUGGAAUUGUUAAAUCUGGAUGUGGCACCACAGCUGGGCUUCCAUGUGAAAUAACCACCAGCGCCGUUGGCCAUACCGUUUGUGUAUCGUUCCAGACCCCGAGAAGCAUGUCAUGCCAAGAGUUUUAUAUCCAUGCAAAAUUGAUUUCUUGUGACAGAGGAAGUGUAGGCACUUGCUCGGACAAUGCCAGCGUCAACAGAUGCCUUCUAUCGCGUAAACGAAGAAGUGUCGAUUCUGCUCCUAUUGCGCUCGGACCAAUUCUAUUGCUGAAUGGUUCGAUUGGAAUGCCCAACAUCCACCUUAACGGUAUGGAAGACGUUGAAAUUCCCGAUGGAAAAAUUGGUCUUGUACUAAGACAAAUGAUGAAGAAAUGCCGAGAGCCGUAGAAGCACCAUCGAGUAGUCCUUCAGGUAUCGACCAACCGACCCUGCUCAUGAUUGUCAUUGGAACUGUACUCUUUGUUGUCAUUGUUUCGUUGAUUCUUGUUUUACUUCGCAAUCGUUCUCUUGGUGUUACUUUAAUGACCAAAAAUCUUAAUAUUGGUUUAAAUAAACUAAAUCUUCACGUGA